AGAGAGCUGGGGUAAAACGGGUCCGAUAGACUGAUUUCCAGCAUCUGCUCAGUGGGAGCCAUUACUACAGUUUGUGAAGUUUCCGAGGUUUCAUCUUCCAUUUUGAGUUUCGGUUGUGGUACAUUUGAAUUUUCUUGAGUCUUGAAAUGUGUAUCAACGUUAUCCGGUAACUCCUGUAACCUAUAAGACAUCGGUGGAGCCUAUUUCAGAUUUUCAGCUGAACCAAUUGACUCAGGAGAGUGGACUUACAACUGCUGCGGAAAAAAUACGAUAACGGCGUUAAUUGUUGAUUAACGUUAACAAUUCUGGCCCUAAAUCACUUUAUUCAUGCACAAAACUCCUUUUUAUGCCCUGUUUUAAUUUAUGCAUAUUUUAUAUUUAUGUACCUCCAGCCCACGACUUAAAAAGAGGUUCCAGUGUAUCACGUUUUCUUCCAUACCCCGAUUCAUCUCGACUAAGUGAUGAUCUUACCCCGUCUUCCCUUAUCAGUUAACACUCCUUAUAUGGUAGCUAAUGAGUAUGAAAAUCCAAAUUUAGUUUGUUGAUGUCAAAAACCAGAUUUCGGCAACUAGAUAAAUCGUGUCGGUCUAUCGAUCGAAGAGAUCAAACUUGCUCGCCACAGUCGAAAUAGUAACUUCAUCUAGUGCGGACUGAAGCCGGUAGUCGUAGCGAGAUGAUUGUUCUUACGUAUUUUGUGUUUGCGUUCUGGACGAUUUGCGGUUUGAACUAUGCGGAGACCGCGCGUAUUCUGGGAGUUUUCCCAACGCCAUCCAAGUCACAUUGGCUCCUUGGUUCUGCACUCAUGAAAGAACUAGCGCUCGAUGGACAUGACGUCACUGACGUGAGCCCAUUCCAGCUGGCGGAAUCACCCGCAAAUUACCAUCAUGUGAAAGUUCAGACGGAUCAUGUGUUCUUUGAUCAUGUAAUGGAACAAUUCUACAAAGAGGCUGAUAGCUCUGCGUUUAGCAAAAUCAUAAACUUAUACAACGUGGUCAACUUUUUCUCCAACACCACACUGACAUCACCUGAAGUCAAAGAGCUUCUUCGAUCCGACCAAAAGUUCGACUUGAUUAUCUUGGAAAUCUUCCUGGACGAUGCACUUCUCGGGUUUGCGGAACAUUUCAAGUGCCCCGUUGUCGGCAUGACCACGCACGGAACUCUCGAGUGGAUCAACACGCUGGUAGGAAAUCCGCAGCCAUUGUCAUAUGUUCCACACGUGCACAUAGGGUUCUCCAACCCGAUGGAUUUUUGGCAACGACUGACAAACGUGCUGUUUACCAUCUUGGAUAAUUAUUUGAUCACACAUCACUUGUAUCCAGCCCAGGAGGAAAUUUUCAGAGCAGCAUUCCCGAAUGCCACUCGAUCACUGAGCGAACUGAGAAAGGAUGCCGUUUCAUUGGUGUUGGUGAACAAUCACUUUAGCUUGAGCUAUCCCCGACCAUACGUUCCCAAUAUGAUCGAAAUUGGUGGUUUCCAUGUGAAGCGCAAAGUCAACCAGUUACCAGAGAACAUUCGCCGAUUCAUUGAAAACUCCAGCGAUGGAGUAAUUUACUUUUCCAUGGGAUCAAAUCUGAAACCAUCUUUGAUGGGAAAGGAAAAAUUGCAAGCUGUUCUGGAUUCAUUUGCCGUGGUACCCCACAGAAUCAUCUGGAAAUAUGACAACGAAAGCAUGCAUUUGGACCCGAGCAAAUAUCUGAUUUCCAAAUGGCUCCCACAAGAUGACAUCCUAGCACAUCCAAAUGUAAAGCUCUUCAUCACCCACGGAGGACUCCUCAGCUGUACCGAAUCAAUUCAUCACGGGAAGCCUAUCAUUGGCAUCCCGAUAUUUGCGGAUCAGCAAAUGAAUAUGGAUCAAGCAGAGCAAGCUGGAUGGGGCGUCACCGUCAAAUUCACCAAACUCAACAAGGAAUCUCUCGGAGCAGCAUUGAGCGAAGUGUUGAAUAACGAUAAGUACACGAAACGGGUACAAGUAAUCUCCAAGCGCUUGCGUGACCAACCUCUUCCACCGAUGGAUAUGGCAAAAUUCUGGAUUAAUUAUGUGAUCCGACAUGACGGUGCAAAACAUCUGAAGUCACCUAGACAACGGUUUAAUUUCAUCCAGUUGAACAACAUAGAUGUUUAUGUGUUCAUUUUGGUCAUACUAGUCAUACUGAUGUUGCUAUCAUUCAAGAUUAUUAGGGCUGUUUGUAGUAGAAUAAGGAAAAACGAGCUUACAUCCAAAGGAGCAAGUAAAUCAAAAACAAAUUAACGAGAGAAUUGUUAAUGGACGAAGAAUGGGAGAAAAUGAUAAGUAGAAGCAUUGAUAGUCUGAAUGUCUGUACCCCUGACCUAACCAAGAAAGCGGAUUCUGACUUACAUAAGUUUAUCAAUAAGUUGUUGCUUAUAUGUACGUGUAUGGAUCCGAGAUA